AUGUGGUAGCUUAAAGUCGAAAAAGGUCCAAACUGCUUUCUUUGCUCUCUCACCUACUUCUUCUCCGGCGAAAUGUCUACUCUUCACCAUUUCAAUCUUCCCUGCCGUCCGGCCACAUCUUCUCGCAACCUCUCCUCGCCGGCUACAUUGCUUAAUAAACGGCAUCAUCCUUUGCAUCGUGGCUACUGCAAUGGUAGUAGUAGAGGAUCUUGCAAAAGCAAACCAUCGCCUGUGUUUGCUAUCGAUCGCAACAGCUCUGCAGCUGGAAAAACCGGUGGAGAUUCUACAAAGAAAGCUUCUGUUCCUAGCUCAAACUAUGUUGUGCCUCUUGAUAAGUCUCUUUCUUCCUCUUGCCUUACGCGUCCUCUCGUUGAGAUCCUAAGAGAUCUUAAUAAGAGGAUUCCUGAUAAUAUCAUUAGUAAAUCUGAUGGUGAUGAUGAAUUCUCUACAUUCAUUCCUUGGUACCAUGCUAACCGUAUGUUGAGUUUCUAUGCUCCAGGCUGGUGUGGCGAAAUCCGUGAUGUUAUCUACUCUGAAAAUGGAAGUGUCACUGUUGUAUACCGUCUUACUAUAAGAGGUUCCGAUGGAGAGGCUUAUCGUGAGUGUUCUGGGACAGUAUCUUCUAAUGAUGGUGACAUUUUGGAUCCUGUUGCUGCAGCAGAGGAAAUAGCCUUUUGCAGAGUAUGUGCUCGAUUCGGCCUUGGCUUGUAUCUCUACCACGAAUGAUUCUUUCGGGUUUGUAAGUUUAUUUGAUUUUUCCUAUUUCAUACAAAAGAAUGGAAACAGUUUGCUGCGAAUAGUGUAGAUAAUCUUGUAUUGAAUUGAGUAUACAGAUUUUGUUCAAUCGAUAUAUGAACAUGAACCAUAUACAUUAUUGUUGUUAUGAUUAUCUCAACCCAUUUGGAAAUAUCUUUUGGACUGAAUUAGAGCUGGUUAUUCUUACUCAUUUAUCA